AUGGAGCGGCUGAAAAGCGAGGACGUAUCGGACCACCGUCCGUUCGACCAGGCGUGGCUUGACUCGUGUCUACAGGAGACGCUCCUCCCGAACACGCCCUGGCAAAAGGUGCAAGAAAAGAUAGGCGAGCGUUUUGCGCGGCGGAUUGAGAAGCAGCUCAACCACAGCGACCGGAGACAGAUGAUCUUCGAGCUGCUGGGGGAACAGUUCGUCGACAAGUUCUUCCCAAAGUAUCCCAACAACCCAACUCUCAUUGAACCCCCUGCGGUGGACCCCGCCCGUAAGGAUGUGCUGAAGAAGGAAGCGCAGGCGUGGCUGCAGCAGCAGCUCUACAAGGCGGCGCGAGACGUCGGCUGCCAGCGCGCACCGGGGCAGGACUACCAGGCCGACACCGCCCCCGAGAUGGUCGAGUUCGUGGAACACACGUACCAGGUGUUCUACACUGGCAUGGACCGGCAGCUGGUCAUAGAAGACCAGGUCAGACAGGAGGAGGAAGAAAAACCAACAUGGAAGAAAGACAAAAAUUCCCGCCGACCCAACAACCACCAGCACGGGGACGUGAAACGACAAGACCGCCACUCCACAGCCCGGCUGCAGGGGGGUAAGCCCCCCCAGUCCUGGGGCCCGGCGAGCGACUCCCUGGGCAGACACGUGGUCGCCAUCUUAAGGAGGGACCCGAGACGUCUUCAGGAGGUAUGCAGCCGGCUCCUGGGGAAGCAGCUGCCGGGAACCUUGAGGAUGUACGUCUGGACAGAUGUACUGAUGAAGGAGGAGAGGAGGAAGAUUAAGGACCACUCCGUGAAUGUGGAGAAGAUGUUGCGUGAGCUGUUUGGACGGGGGAUCGUGCAGGGUGUCCAGGCGCUGAAGCUGAAGAGUGCCACCAGGUCCCCCAUCUCAGGCCUGGUGGAGAACGCUGUCAUAGAGAUGUAUGACCGAACCCCCGGCAUGCAGGCAUACAGCCAGCCUGAGCAGCUGAAAGAGGCUGCGCGCGUCCUGAAUAUACUCUACACGUACGACCGCUCCUACGAGCCCUACCUCAUCCACUGGCUCUUCCCACUGCAACUCGUCUACACCGACGGCUCCAGCCUAGGUUUGUUUGUUUGUUUGUUUGUUUGUUUGUGGAACAUCCUGUACACAUACGAUCACUCCUACGAGCCCUACCUCAUCCACUGGCUCUUCCCACUGCAACUGGUCUACACCGACGGCUCCAGCCAAGAGGAGCACCCAUAUGAGCUGGCCAUGUACCUGAAGCUGCUGGUCGACUCGCGCUUCCCGAAGUGGCCGGAGGUGUUCGCCAUCGCCGAGCGAGUCAUGGAGCGCCUGAAGCACGAGGACAGACACCUGCACAGGCACCUGGUGGAGUGCUCGCUCAAGAACGUCUCCUUCGAUCCCAAGGAUUUCCUGGUACAGCUGAUCCAUAAGGAGAAGGAACAGGCUCAGGUCGGCAGUAAGGGGGGACAGAAACCCGUACAGCCGUCACCAGAACUGCUGGCCAAUCCUCUCAUCUUCGUACGCAAGUGGGUGGGCGAGGGUUUUGUGAGUGUCCUGGAUGCGCAGGCCGUGCUGCUAGUCUGGGACCAGGCCUUCAUGACGGACUGGAAGCACAAGGUGCUGGAGGACUUCUGCCUGGUGAUUCUGAUGCUCCAGAGGGACCUGCUGCUCCAGGCUACGGACUACCACACUAUGAAAGGGGUGUUGCUCCUUGAGCCAUGCCGACUCUACACAGCAGACAUACAGCGGGGCUGGAUGCACCUACAACAGGGCGGGCUGCCUGCAGAUUUACCAACUCUCAACAGGAGGCGCCCUAGCCAUGAGGAGUGGGUCGCCCAGUUCGACCACAAGAACGUCCGUCUGACCGCCUCCGUCUACUUCGGCGACAUCAAGCUCCGCUCCAAGUCCACUGUCACCGAGCCGCGCCUUAAAGACAAGAAGCAGAACCUCCAGUCGAACCUGGGGGAGUAUGUGGACACUUACUCCAUAGAGUUCAAGGAGGACCUGGUCUUCACCAACCUGGACCCUUCCCAGUUCCACGGGGUCGACUUUGGGCCUGACAACCAACCGUACGCCAUUGUUAGGGCAAGCUACAGGGACAAGGGGGAGGAUGACAAAGCCACCAUCCCUGUGAACCUGGGAUGGGUGAAGAUCCCAGUGUAUCGGCAGGAGCUAUCCCAGGAUGCCUCGGGCGAGGGGGGACUCCCCAUGAGGGGGGCGCGCCCCCACUGGGACAUCAUCGAGGGCGAGCAGACCAUCACCGUCGUCCCCGGCAACGUCCCGGAGACCGCCGUCGGCAAGACGUGGUGA